AACAGCAACAGCAUUGGAGGGGAAUAAGCAGACAAAAAUAAAACGUAAAACUUUAACAUUGCCAAAUUUGGAACAAGAGUUGGAUAACCAACUUGCGGAAAUUGGGGAAAAUAGUCAAAUUUUGGGCAAAAACGGUCACAUUUGGAAUAAUUUUCCAAUAAAACGUGAAUACGGUAAAUGCGCAGCACGAAAUAUUAUAUACAUUCGGCCAGGACCAUCGGGUAACGCCAAAGAAGCCAUGGAACCAAGCGAUGCAUUUAAACUGUUUAUUAGUGACGAGAUAUUGAAUAUUGUUUUAUACCAUACAAAUGCCAAAAUUUCUCAACUAAGAAAUAAAUAUCAAUCAAGAAAUGCCACGGUUUCAAAUACAAGUCUUAUGGAAUUGAAAGCCUUGUUGGGUUUGCUGUAUUUGUCUGCUGUUUUGAAGAGCAACCAUCUAUCAACUGAUAUCUUGUUUGACACUUCUUAUUCGGGCGAUCGAUAUAGAGCGACAAUGAGUAGACAUAGAUUCGAGUUUCUUCUAAACUCACUUCGUUUCGACGAUAUGACUACAAGAGAAGAGCGGAAGAAAAAGUCUUCAUUUGCGCCAAUUUCUGAAAUUUGGGAUAUUUUUGUUGAUAGUUGUACAAAGAAUUUUAAGCCUGGUUCCUAUGUAACCAUCGAUGAGCAACUUGUUGGUUUUCGAGGUAGAUGCCCAUUUAGGAUGUAUAUUCCGAACAAACCAAAUAAAUUCGGAAUAAAAAUUGUAAUGGUCUGCGAUGUCGCUACAAAAUACGUUAUUAACGCAGAGCCGUAUCUCGGAAAGUCUACUAAUACACAAGGAAAACAACUAGCCAAUUACUUUGUUGAAGGACUGACGAAACCUUUGCAUGGAAGUAACCGGAAUAUAACAAUGGACAACUGGUUUACGAGCAUCCCUUUGGCAACAAAACUGUUAAGUAAUCCCUACAGUAUGACAAUUGUUGGCACACUACGUAAAAAUAAAGCUGAAAUACCACCGGAAUUACUUGACACUAAGUCACGGCAGUGUGGCUCAUCCCGAUUCGUUUACAAUGAGAAUAUGACUUUAGUGUCAUUCCAGCCAAAACAAAAUAGGAAUGUACUAUUACUUUCAACGAUGCAUAUUAAUGGAGCGCUAGACCCAACCACAAAAAAACCUGAAAUUAUACUCACAUAUAAUUCGACCAAAGGCGCAGUUGACACUUUUGAUCAGAUGACUCAAAAUAUUUGCUGCAACAGAAAGACGAAACGGUGGCCACUUUGUUUCUUUUACAAUAUGUUAAAUAUUUCUUCAGUUAAUGCCUACGUUUUAUAUAGUCACAAUGUAACACGAAACGGUCUUAAGCCUAUGAGUAGGUCAAAGUUUGUACUUAAACUUCAUGAAGAACUCACACAACCGUGGCAAGAGGAACGAUUGCUAAAUGCACGGUUGCCUACAAAAUUAAAAGAAAAAAUAAAUGAAAUAAUAAAAACUAACAACCCAAUAGGUUCAAUAGUUAGUCAAAAAGCUUCUCCGCAAAAGGCGAAAAGGAAAUACUGCACAUUUUGCCACUACACAAAAAGACGAUUUACUACAACAUAUUGCUCUGUAUGCAAAUCAUCAGCAAUUUGUGGUGAAGAUCAAAUUAAAGUUUGUAAAAACUGUGUUAAUGAAAUUUAA